GCAGCCAGCGCUCGCGAAAACGUGCAGCCUUAAGUGAAUGUUUGAGGAAUGCCCGGAUAUAAUCACGAACAGCAACACUGACAGCAAGGCGAUCCAGCAGCAGUCGGCUUAACGAGUCGCCGAAAACAGGUCCUUUUAAGUAAUCGAUCGUCAUUUCUUGUGGGGAAAACAGCAGCACACGCAACGAUAUCGUUUCAGCGUGAUAGACGGCUGAUGGACAGUAACCGUAGCUGUUUCUCGAUGUGAGCGUCUCAUAUUUGCAUAAAUAGCAAACGAUCUCUUCCUAUAUAACAAAUGGCGAGGAGAACUAGCUGUCAGCAGCUAGAAGGUGGUGCGGAUCCGCGGACUGUGAGCGGGUCAUGUGACCCCAGGUGGUCACGUGACCGUGGGCUCAACGUGCGUGCGGCUGACCUGCAGAAAUGAUGUCCUGCACCAGCAAACAGCACAGGACCAUAACAUUUUUUAAGCGAGGAAAGGACAGUCGAUUUUGUUGUUUAGGCAAGCAAAAAUGAGCUACGGUUACGUGUAGAAAUGAAAUAUAGCUAUCGAAUUCUUUAUUUCUUUAUGGCUGACCUCUUCGAGUAUAAGUCAUAUUUAUUGCAACGUACAUGGAUGCUUAUUUCACUAUUUAAUUUUAUUUUUUUGAUUAGGAAGAGACUUGUGUGCAAGUACUGAACACGAUUUAGGAAACCGGAGAUACCAAGAGCAAAUGUAAUUCAUAUCUCCAGAUUCAGAUGUUCGUUGCGCUGCUGUUUUUUAUGGAGAGCAUCGAUCAGGGGAUGAUUGAACCUCAAAUAUUAGUGACGUCGUAUAGUUUUUCUCUUAUCUAAACAUCUUGUUGUCAGGAAUCCCACUGAGGUAUUAUAGAUAGGUAGCCUUUAUUGUCCUAUAAAGAUAUUUGUCUUCACAGCCUUUUCCAAUACAAAGUACAUUACAGACCUCUAACAUGUUAAACGUUAGGCGCAAAUACAUGAAAUGGCACACAUAAACAUAUACACAUAAUAUUGUUAGGCUGUAAAAUUGAAUGUCAGUUAGAGUUUUAGUACCACCGAUAAGAGACACGCACAUCCUCAACGAAGCAGGUCUGUUAAUGAAUAUAUUGUAAUUUAAAAUUUUCGUCUUUCCAAAAACAUCACCCAAGUGUUUUAAUGGGGUUUUUCUAUCAUAUUGCAUAUUAGCUGUAUUACCGUAUAUAUUUUUGCGCAUGUAUUUCCAUAGAUUUUACUUUUAUACUAUGUUUCAUUUUCCAUUGUCAUGUCGAUUGUUUUUGUUAUAUAAAAGAUUUGGUUUUAAUACAUAUACAUGGAUAUACACAUUCUGAACGACAGAGGUGGAAAAUUCAGGUCCAGAAAGUUCCAAUCCAGACCAAGAUUUUGUUUCAACCAACUAGUUGAGCACUUUUUCCACCUCAACUUAAUGGUUAAAAAAAACUGCCUGUUCGUUAUGUAGCGCGAUAGAUUUAUUUGUUAAAAUCUCUUCCCCACCAUUUUUUGACUGCCGUGUGGUACAAAGGCUACCCACAGAUAGAUCACCCUUACAGAAAAUGUGAUGUGGCACUUUUAUUCUGUGAGGUUAGCCACUGUGAUUGGCUGCGUAAGGUUGCACGUUGUAAUUGAAAUAUCAGUCAAGCAGGGAAAAUACUCGUAUUUCAUUUGGUUUGUAGCGUCUGUCCGGCUCGGUGUUCGCCAUCACCAUUUGUCAAAAUGAUGUACAUAAACGUUGGGAGUGUGUAACUGAAAAAAAAAGAAAUGUCAACCACAGACUUUGUUGCAGAUAUAUAUUAAAACAGCAUAUCUAACCUGUAUGCAGACAGACGUUAAAUUACGUCAAGAUCAAUUAGCAUAUAAAUAGCAACAUGCAAUCAUUCAAAUAUCGUAAAUGUGUAUCCUUCUGCAUUACAGAUUAUAUAUAAACAAAUUGGACACCUGUCAGUCCCAUAACUCAAUAUUUACUGAAUGUGUAUGGCAUUUAAUUCCACUUCUGUGCCUAAUCACCAAUGUAGUUUGAUUUUUUUUAUUUUUUUUGCCGUUUCACCUGUUUGAUGUGAAGCGAAUGUUUGGUGAGAAUCUGAUCUCAGUCGAAUCGAUUUCCUUUUGUUCAUUGGCACAUAAUGGCCGACUCGCCACAUGCGUAAAUAGUCGACCCGAAGCAUGAAGAAAACGCAGCCAGCAGCUGAGCUGUCUGCCCUUUUGAAUUCCACCAGCCAUACGUACAUGAAUACAUGUCUGUUGUUAAGAGACCUGCUUAUGAGCUUUUUCUUUUCCCGUUCCCCCAGCGACACAUGGAAUCAAUAUCAACACCCUCUCGUUGACCUGCUUCCUCUUACUGAAAUGCGUCCUGUUGUUGUGUUGCCCUGUUUGCUUGUUCAUUCUGUUGCUCAAUUACUGAAGAGAGGUGAGCUUGUCUACGUCCCCCUUCACUCUCCUUACUUGCCCACUGGCUCAGCUGGUUAAACCUCGGAGAAGCAGGAGAUGCUGCAGUAGUGGCAGGGAGUCACGCCCAUUUUCUGCUCUCUGCUGUUCUUCAGCGGGCUAUUGUGACCAUCUGACUUACAGGAUGUCUCCUUCCACUUGUAGACCCUCUCCAGGGCCCCUUCCUGUGUCUGUAUCGGACCCAAUCCUUAUUGAAAAGGGACCCUGUCUGUAGUGGAAAACAGCGCCUGCUUUUCUUCACACUGAGAGGUCCUAUGGCUGUUAUGUCGACUCGUACGCGUGUGUGUAUCUGUUUCGCGUGACAUGCAUUUUAACGGCGACACUGGCAUAAAUGUCUUUGCAGGUUUGUGGGUAGGUGGGUUGUUUCUGGGGCCUGCUUUUGAACUGUCUUUCGGGGCAUUUUGGCCUCUGGCUUUUUGAGCUGGUGCUUUAUGAGUCAUUUCGGUCCUUGCCGGGGAAAUCCCAAGUACAACUUUCACAGUCGUGCUUUGAGAAGCUUUAAGGGCAAGUGAUUCUUAAACUGUUGUCGAGCAAUGGUAUCAUAGCUCUUACAGGGAGCAAAGUAAGUAUUCGGAACCCUAUUGACUGCAUAACUGUCUCACAGUUCUACACGGUAUCUAAAAUUCAGCUAAUUACUGAACUGCACGGUGAAAUUGGGGAUGAGGCCGAUGGCACCUUUUCCUUAACCGCCCUCUCCACCACCCACUGAAAAUGGAGAAACGCUGCUCUAAAUAAUCAGCUAGUAUUUUGGUGUUUCCCACUUCCUGCAGGUCGGUUAACUCCUUGCAAACCUCAGAAAUGCUUCAAAUUCCAGUCUUUGCCUUCCAUCAUUAUCUGGUCGUCUGAAUCGUUUGUGAGGGAAGAUGCAUUGAGCAUGUUGACCCAGAAAACUGACUGCAUGUUGCAUCUGCUUCCUUACUUCUUCAUUAUCAGUAGAUCCAGGUCAAGGCUAUGUUUAUCUUUGAUUCAUUUUGCAUACCAUUCUAUCCAAAGCAUUGUUUGUUUUUGAGAGGUCAGACAAUCUUUUGAGCAAUUAGGGCCUUGCUCAGGGGCCCAACCCUAAAAUCGCACUUCCAGCCUUGUGAUUUGAACCAGUGACAGUCCCAUUACAGACACAGUAUCCUAACCCACUGAGUCACACGCCAAAAUAGUCGUAGAUCAUCGGUGUUUGUGUGUCAAUAUAUCUUUGACUUGUCUCAAAUGUUUCCCCACUUCUUUGCCACAAAAAAAAUCUGUGGAAAAAAUAUUUAAUUAAGCAAUGGCAAAUUUGUAGUUUCUUGUAUGCAUCUGUUAUUGGAACUCAACACUUCUUAACUGAAAUGUCCUCAUCACUUGCAAACUGUAUGUGUGAAAAUUAGCUGAUAUGUUUUACCAUCAUCGUUCUUCGCUGGUAAGGCUAAUCUGUCUGUGUGGGCUGGGUAACACGCCUGAUUUGAAGCUGUUUUUAACAGCCUUGGACAAUAUUGUCCAACAGGAUGGUGUUUAGUGCAUUAGUUGGACCUGCAGGAAGCUCUGUGGGCUGCAUGUCACUCUUGUUUUGCUUAUAGGGAAGGUUUCACAGUAACUGAUGGGAAUUACUAAUGAGUCUGCUGUACUAUAGCUGGAUCAGUGCUCUGCCUGUUGGGUAUAUUACGCUAAGAAGGAGAGCAUUAGGGCGCUGCUCCUAAUCGACUCUGUUUAUAGAUCUCCGAAGGAUCUCAAAUGUGAAACGUUCAGUCGUAUUCCCGUUAAAUGUCGAAUGAGCUGGAUUCCUCUCAGAAAGAGAGCGACGUGAUCUCUGAAAUAUUCACAAGGCUGAGAAACAGUGCAGUUACUGGUUCACAUCUGCAUAGCUUAAGAUCCUUGGCGUAUUUGUGCAGGAAUGGGUUUGGAUCGUUUAAUGAAUGAGCUUAUGGCUCAUUGAAAAUGAUGAUUUCAUUGAUUUGAAAACAGGUUAGCAAAAUAGUGCAGCUUUAACAAUCUGACACGUUGUGAGUGGCUCCAUAAUGUGCUUUUUUUAGAGCAAUUUACAUUCUUUUGGUUCCAUUUCGUUUGGUUCAAUGUAGCUCAAACGACUUAUGAAAACACAUACAGUGCCAUUAUUAUUUGUGUGGUAUUUUUAUUAAAGGCCUGGACUUCUAAUUUUGUUGGGUAUUAUUUGAUGUUGUGAAUGUGCUUGUAACUUUGGCUGGGAUUCUUACUGGAAGUGUCCAGUGUAUCUUGUGUUUAAUCUUGUUUUCUCACUCCGUUAGUGACCAUUGAAAUAAACACCAUCUAUUUUCACAGCGUCGCCUCUGGGAAAGGUGGGGGGGGGUGGGCUAAAGCUUGAUGGUCACCUGCCGGAGUAGCUCAUGGAUGAGGAAGAGCUCCAGACUGAUGAAGAGGUCGGAGAGACAGUGGCCGAUCACCGUUCCAUAGGUCAUGUGUCCAGUCACCGUGGCCAUGAGGCGGGGCAGGAAGUCGCCAUGACAAUGCACCAGAAUGUCAUGGCCGACCAUCAGGAGGAAGACUUGGGACCUCGGGAACAACUAGUAGGCACCAUCGGGAGCUGUCCAUCUCUGUUCCCAUCUGGUGACCCCGCCCCUCUCGGACCCAGCCCUGCCUUGUUGGCGUGGCUGAAGGAGUUGGGGGAACACAGUGACCACAGCCUGCUGCCUCUGUCGCUGCACCAGGUGGCUGAGGCCUUCUUCCUCGAGAGAGAUUAUGAAUGGGCAAUCCGCUUCAUACAGCUGGAGAGGCUGUACCACGAGCGGCUACUCUCUAACCUCGCCGCCCUGCAGGAGCAAUGGGAGAGCCAGCUCAGAACCACUGGGUCACUGGAGGCUUCAUGCUCAGAGAACCUGGACACGCUGAUCCGCAUUUGCAGGACACACCUGAGACCUGUCCUCAAAACACCACAGCAUGUCACUGGAGGCAAAGUCCUCGAAGGGGAUGAACCAGAGGCCAAGGCACACAGCGCAAGCGGCACCGUUGAGAUACCAGGACAGCUAAGAGUGGAAGCGGAGGUUUCCCCUGUACAGGCAGAGGGACGGGAUGCCAUCACAUCCAGGCACGAGGAGGAGGGGCCUUGUUCACCCAGCCACACCCAUGUUCAGAGAACUGACAUGCCCACUACAGCGGUAACUGAAACACCAGCUGGAGUGGCCGGUAAUAAGGAAAUCCUGCGCGGGGUAGCGGAGCAGGAGGGUUUCCUUGGUGACCUACUCGCGGGCGGCCACUCGCAGCAGCAUGAAGUGAAGGGACAGGUGCUCCUACGAGGUGGAUCUCUCUCGGCGAAUCUGGCAACCGCAAAUCACGCCCCCGAGGCAGGCAGCCAGGUGGACGGAACGGAAGAACAGCGGACCUCACGGGGUCACGACGGGCCCUUGGAAGUGGGAGAGGACGCUAUGGUGAUUAAUGGGAACAGUGACAAAUUGGCUAGUGAGACAGCUUCCCCUGUGGUCAUAAAGACGGACCAGCCUGUGCCAAAGGAACAGGAAGAGGAGGCGGCGGAGGCUGCAGAGGAACAAGCUGAGGUAGAGGAUAGUGAAGAGCAGGAGGAAGAAAAACUAACAGAUGGCGAGGCUUUAGAGGAGGCCGGGGAGGACGGCCAGGAGGAGAACGGACUCGAAGACGACAUGGAGCAGGCAGAGGCAGGACAGGACUCCCUGGAUGACCUGGCGAAGCGCAUACAGGUGGAGGAGAUGGCCCCCGUGGAUGGUCUGGUGUCCAUACUGAAGAGGAGCCCUUCCCAGGAUGGAGGGAUGAGCCAGGAAGAUGCAGACAACAAACAGACGUCCAAACGCAGAGUUCGAUUCCGGGAGCCCGAUGAUGAACUUGAUCAAGAUGAGGUGGGCGGAGCCUCGUUCCUGGUCUUCCUUGUCCUGUGCCUGGCCACCGUGGUAGUCAGCAUAGGUGGGACUGCACUCUACUGCGCUGUUGCCGGCGUGACAUCCAGCGUGUGCACGGACUUCUCCCAUAAUGUGGACUUCUACAUAGGGCACAUGCAGCGAGGCCUGGAGCUAAUAAAACACUGGCUGUCCCCUGGCUCCUAGUGAGACAGCAGAAAGAUCUACUGUUCCGUGUGUGUGUGUGUGUGUGUGUGUGUGUGUGUGUGUGUGUGUGUGUGUGUGUGUGGCUGAUAAAGAACAGUACACCACAGCAGUAAACAUGGACCAACCUGAAGCCUACACUGUGCCUGAAGAAUACGGACUCUCCUAACUCUACGUUUUCCUCAAGGGGCAGAUAGGAUCUGCAUCCAUAAUCUCCAAAGGCUCUCCCCAGGGCUUUGGACCAGAGUGGCUGGUAAAUCCUGUUUUUCAACCUGAACCACUAAUGAAGGACAGCAAUCCUCCAAGAGAUGGAGCCAAAAGCAAAGGCCCACUGCUGACCCCGGCCGCUGGGCCAGAGAAUGAUUGUAGCAUUGCUGUUUUUAGCUGUCCUUGUCUCACAGAACUACAAGAAAAUCCCCCAGGCCAUUUUAUACUUUAAGAUGCUGAAAUCUAAAGAUGUCCGAACUUCAUAAUCGCUAUGUCUGGGACUGAAGCUAAAGAGGCGUUUUAAAAAAAAUAAGCAAUCAAAAAAGACAAAUGUAGCCUGAAAGUUGUGCUUCCCUGUUUUUUAUUUUAUUUGACAAGGAACAGGUAUGGUGAGGAUCACACUGUAGGGACAGGAAAGCAAUAUGUGAAUCCGGCUGUGGUACAAAGAGCACCUCUGCUGCGGAGCUGCAGACAAGUUCUGCACUUAAUGGACUCAUUACAGAUCUGCUUUAGGGUUAUUACCUAUUCUAUUUUAUUUAUUUACUGGCCUUUUACUAUUUUUGGCUAUCACCCCGUUCCUAGCCAAUUCAUUUGAGUCAGAUUUUGAGGUUAUUUUUUGUGUGUUUUAAUUUUUUUGUUUCCAGUUAUAUUCUUCAUUUUUCUUUUUCUUAUUCAGGUUCCAUUUUCCAACGACUGUAAAUGUGAUCAAGAUUUAUUGAUGUUGCAUGUUGCACAUAACCUAGGAUUGAAUCUGAAACCAAACUCGUUGCAGAACCUGAAUGCCACAGGAAGAUAAUGUAUAUGUGUGUCUCAUUGCUGUUAGGAGUCUUCUGGCUGGAUCAGAAGGUACCCUUAAUGUUUGUGUGUGUGUGUCAAAGUGUUUAUUUCAUGUACUAUCCAGGAAACUGAAUAGGAGAAUGUAAAUGCUUUGUGCUUUGUUGGGUAUGCAGAGACCAAUCAGCACGGGUCUUUAAUUUAACCCACUGUGUUUGUACCAUGUGCUUCUGAAGUUCUUUAUGAGAAAUGCUUAUGGUGUCAUUAUGAUCUAAUCAUUUUAAUGGAAGUGACACGGAAUCACGAUAACGAGGUCUUCAUCUUCAGGGGAGUUUCCCAUUCUACCCCUAAGACGACGACUUAUCCAAAUACAUGUGUUAUUGCUCAGUGUAGAAUCUUGAAUUUAUAUUGUCCUUGUCCACUUUUGUGGAAAAUGUGGUGAAAAUAUAGUACAGCAAUCAGAAGUUAUGGGUUUGUAUUUUGGCUACAAAUACCUUUAAACAUACAUUCUCCAAAUGAAAUUGUCUGAAAGUGUUGAUGUGUCUUAAAGUAUUAUUUAUGGUUGUUUUUGAAAUGUUCUUUCUUAUUUUAACUCUGGAAAAAAAUUGUUAUUGUCAAAAUAUGUAGUUUUGUUUCUAUUGUAAAAAAAAUAUUGUGGGACAUUAUGUGGAUUUUUUCUUCUGUUUCUCCCAUUUGUUUGCUCAUUUUCACCAAAAACAGUCAGGGUACCACAGCACAUUGCACCCAGAAAUCAAGAACACUGGAUACCUGGCACAAGUGUGUUGGGUUCUGGGAGGGAAACUCUAGGUUCCUAAGAACUAGGUUGAGAAACACUGGUACAGAAAAUCCUCUACAAACGAACCUUCAAGAUUUGAAUGUGCAUGUCCAAUUAAUAAAAAUUUGUCAAAAUAAUUGCAAAAUUAAAAAUUGUGCCGGAAUUUCAAA